GGCGCAACACAUUGUUUGAAUAAUAAAUACAAAUUUUACAUGUUUUAAGCGUUGAAAAUGCCGCGUUCCAAUGCGGCUGGAGAAGCGGAAAGCACGUGUAGCUACUGUCAGAAUGUCAUAGAGGAUGACAACUAUUUGGAGUGCCAGAAUUGUGAGCAAAAUGUGCACAUCAAGUGUUUGCCACACGCGAGCACGCCAGGCGAUUUGCUUGGUGAUGUUUUCUUCGAUUUCACGUGCAUUAAAUGUGUGAGCGAGGAACACACGGCGGGUAAAGAGACGCCCAAGGAGCGUUUUGUGAGGCAGCGAAUACCUUGGCUGCUGGUGCUGACACUGACCAUAUACAAUUUAUCGAUCAAGUCAAAGGGUUUAAGUCAUCAUGGAUAUUUCCACUGGCGGACGCACAUCAUUAGUUUUGUGGACAAAAACUGGAAUUACAUAUUUGAGCCACGUGUACGCCGUCGGAAGCAAUGGACUGGUUCCGUUUCAGGCGCACUGUCGCACAACAGCCCGGAAUACUUUCAAUCCGGCGUAAAUGUAUGCCUCGAGCAUGGCUGGUGGAAGCUGGCCAGGUCUAAUCUAACGCCACGCAGCGUUCGCAAAGAAUAUGAACAGCGCACAUUGGAGCGUCAACAACUGCGCACAGAUCGAUCACACAGAUUGCCUCCGCUGGAUGAGAAUAGCUGCGGCAGUGAUCUGUCUGUAACGGAUCAUCUUAGCGAUGCACAGGCAUCGACUUCAGCUUCAGCACCAGAUGAAACCCCAGAAAGACUUCAACCACCGAACGAAGGCUGUGCGCGUGCCAUUCCCUACAUGGGUCGUCUGCCCAAAUCAUAUAUCACAACAGUGGAAAUGAAACAGGAGCAGCAGCCACCGCAGGAGGAGCAGACGGAGGAGGUCUCUCAAUUGCAGCCGCUAAGCAGUGUUCAGGCUAGUCUCAUGGAUUUUCUGGCCGAGAGUCUGUGUGGCGAUGACAUGAGCUUGUUUAUGCAGCCGCCUUUAAUUGGUUCAAGCGGCAAAGGAGAUUUCUUCAUGUCCGAAGCGUUACUGGAGGCGCCCGGUAACAACACAAGUUUAUUUGAGCUGGAACCCAACUUUGGCUUGCCACCAGCGAAAAGUGAAGCAUCGGAUAUCAAAACAGUAGGAAAAGAAGCUACCAUGACAAUGCAACCAAUAGAGAAGGAGGAGGAAGAGAAGGAGAAAUCACAAACAAGCAGCGAAAGCGAACAGGAAAUAAUGGAAACAGAGCAACAGACUGAGGAGAUCGAUAAUUAUCAGCCACGUAUUGUGCAGGUGACCAAUUAUCAGGCACAGGAGCAACAAGCACCACAAAUCAAAAAGGAACAGGAGCAGGCAAUCGAAGACAAGGAAGACAUGGAAGUAGAACCACUUGAAAGCAGCAUAAUAAACUUGGAGCGCUGCAAACCAAGCGGUUUCACAAGACAGUUGCGUCGCAAUUGGCCCUGGUUGCAGGAAGCCGAUCAAGACGUCGAGCCUGUGGAGGCGUCACAGGGUCUCCAGCUAAUAAGCGUCUAUGAGGAGCAGCAGCUGUAUCAUCAACUGCACAAGAUCUUUAAGCAGCAGCAACAUACCGAUAUACCCGCCUAUGUGCGCCGUCUCUAUCGCAAGCUCUGUCUGCGCAAAUGGAAACGUGAACACAAUCGGCCCAUUUUCAAUUUGGACGAGCUUAUUGAUCCCAUUGCUCGGUCACGUUUACAGUUGGCGAAGCAACAGCAGACACAGAUACUAGAUCGCUAUCAGCUGCUGAAACUGGGCAACCCAGAUGUGCGCAGUUCUUUCUACGCUCGCAUUGUGGGCAAAUCGGAUUACGAACUCUUUGAUUCGCCGUAUACGAAACGUGUGCUCCAUCCGUUUAUCUAUCGCAGUCAGAAGAUGGCACCUCCUUGGCUACGGUUGAUGUGUGAGCUACAGCAUCGCGUAAAUACAUCCCAUCCCAGCAGAUCCACAAUUGACUUUUGCUAUGUGCGACCACAACAUAUACCAGCUGUCAAUGCGCUCCUCCAAAGCGUUUUCUGGCCAGGCAUCGAUGUGAGUGAAUGCCUCACGUAUCCGGAUUACAGCGUUGUGGCGCUCUACAAGAAACUAGUGAUUGGUUGUGGCUUUCUGGUGCCGGAUGUGGGCUACAAUGAGGCGUACAUUUCCUUUAUGGCCGUGCGUCACAAUUGGCAACGCAGUGGCAUUGCUAGCUUCAUGCUUUAUCAUCUGAUACAGACCUGCAUGUCCAAGGAUAUUACGUUGCAUGUCUCGGCCAGCAACUCGGCUGUGAUGUUGUACCAGAAAUUUGGCUUCAAGAUCGAGGAAGUCAUCCUGGACUUUUAUGACAAAUAUUUACCAAUCGACUCCAAGCAAAGUCGCAAUGCAUUCUUCCUGCGUUUAAUGCGCUGAUGAAGACAACUUCAAUUCACAGCCAAGAUGAGUUGCUAAAUUUAUGUAAUUGUUAUAAUUAAUAUUAAAUGUAAUUUUAAGAAAUAAUUUAAAUUCUAUGUGACAGUUUUCUUUAGCCAAAUUCAGUUUUUCUGAUAGAAUUGACUAAAGUUAUAAUCUGUCUGUUACAUAGUGUAAUAAUUAAAAAUCAAUGUAGUUUUAUCUUUAA